AUGGCUUCUUCGGCAGCUUUGACAGCUUCCGCUGCAUUGAAAUCUCGAGUUAGGAGGCCAUCUUUGCUCAACAAGCUCGCUCAUCCUCAAGAUUUAAUCCCUUUAUUCCCUAAUGGAGCUUACAUUGGAUGGUCCGGAUUCACGGGUGUGGGAUAUCCUAAGAAGAUUCCAACAAUGCUCGCCGAUCAUGUAGAGAAGAACAGUCUGCAGGGCAAGCUUAAGUACUCCCUCUUUGUAGGUGCUAGUUCUGGAGCGGAGACCGAAAAUCGAUGGGCAGAAUUAAAUAUGAUCGAACGACGAAGUCCUCAUCAAGUCGGAAAAGCUAUUGCAAAAGGUAUCAACAAUGGCAAUAUCAAUUUCUUCGACAAACAUCUGUCCAUGUUCCCUGUCGAUUUGGUCUAUGGAUUCUACACAAAAGACCGCCCGAACAAAAAGCUGGAUGUGGUUAUCGUUGAGGCUACCGCCAUUACUGAAGAUGGUGGCAUUAUUCCCGGAGCUUCAGUUGGAGCGUCACCAGAAUUGAUUCAAAUGGCGGACAAGAUCAUCGUUGAAGUCAACACUUCUAUGCCUUCUUUCGAGGGUCUUCACGAUAUCACCAUGACCGAACUUCCACCAAAGCGAAAACCAUACUUGAUUAUGGCACCAGAGGACCGCAUUGGAACAACCGCCAUUCCUGUUGAUACCGAGAAGAUUGUUGCCAUUGUCGAGUCCGAUUAUCAAGACCAAACCGUACCAAAUGCACCCGAGGAUGCUACCUCUCGUGCCAUCGCUGCUCACUUGAUUGAGUUCCUCGAGCACGAAGUCAAGCACGACCGUCUUCCCAAGAACCUUCUACCAAUUCAGUCCGGUAUCGGAAACAUCGCCAAUGCUGUUAUCGGUGGUCUAGCCGAGUCUAAAUUCCAGAAUCUCAAGGUUUGGACAGAAGUGCUUCAAGAUACCUUCCUUGAUCUUUUUGAUUCUGGACGCUUAGACUUCGCAACUGCGACCUCCAUUCGUUUCUCUCCAGAAGGUUUCAAGCGCUUUUACGAUGGAUGGGAGCAAUACUUCGACAAACUCUUGCUCCGCUCACAGCAGGUUUCCAACUCCCCCGAGAUCAUCAGAAGAUUGGGAGUUAUUGGUAUGAACACACCGGUUGAGGUCGAUAUUUACGCACAUGCAAACAGCACCAAUGUCAUGGGUUCUCGCAUGUUGAACGGUCUUGGCGGCUCAGCUGAUUUCCUCCGUUCUGCCAAGUAUAGUAUCAUGCACACUCCAUCUACCAGACCAUCCAAGACCGAUCCUCACGGUGUUUCUUGCAUUGUCCCUAUGUGCACACACGUUGACCAAACAGAGCACGAUUUGGACGUAGUUGUUACUGAACAGGGUCUAGCUGAUGUUCGAGGAUUGAGUCCAAAAGAGCGAGCUAAGGUCAUCAUUGAGAAAUGCUCACAUCCAGACUACAAGCCAAUUUUGGAGGACUACUACAGGAAGGCUGAGUUCGAAUGCAUGAGGAGAGGAUGGGGUCACGAGCCCCAUUUGUUGUGGAACAGCUUCGAUAUGCACAAGGCAUUCGAUCAAGAGGGAAGUAUGAAGGCACUUAAGACUUGGGGUUAG